AUGGUCGAUAUUGAAGGAUCACCAGGUAGUUCUAUGCAUGGAGUUACAGGUAGAGAACCAGUUCUUGCUUUCUCUGUUGCAUCUCCAAUGGUACAAACUGAUACCACUGCACAUUUUAAAGUUCCGGUCGAUUCUGGACACAAGGCCAAGGUUUUCAAAUUCUACUUAUUUUCAAAACCUCACGGUCUAAGUUUUCAACUUUCUUGGAUUUCUUUCUUUACUUGUUUUGUUUCUACUUUUGCUGCUGCCCCUUUAGUUCCUAUAAUUAGGGACAACCUUAACUUGACCAAAAUGGACGUUGGUAAUGCUGGGGUUGCCUCUGUUUCCGGAAGUAUUCUAUCUAGGCUUGCAAUGGGUGCGAUUUGUGACAUAUUGGGACCAAGAUAUGGAUGCACAUUUCUUAUCAUGUUAUCAGCUCCGACUGUUUUUUGCAUGUCUUUCGUGUCUUCGGCCGGUGGCUACGUUGUUGUGAGAUUCAUUAUUGGAUUCUCACUCACGACGUUUGUGUCAUGUCAAUAUUGGAUGAGUACGAUGUUUAAUAGUCAGAUUAUUGGACUUGUUAAUGGAACAACAGCAGGAUGGGGAAAUAUGAGGGGUCGACCUACUCAGCUUAUUAUGCCUAUUCUCUAUGAUAUUAUUAGAAGAGUAGGAGCCACCCCUUUUACUACUUGGAGAAUUGCACUCUUUAUUCCUGGAUGGCUUCAUGUUAUUAUGGGAUUGGGAGAGUUGAUUUUGGGGAUUUGA